AAAGAUAUUCCAAAACAGUUGAAGAUAAGAAAGAGAUAAUGCUAAUUAAUAAACUAAUUUUUUUUAUGUUGUCGAAUAGAAUAUUGUAGUAUAUUUUUGUAUCGAAUAGAAGUAUUAGAAACUCAUAAUUACUGAACAUGGAUAUAACAACAAAGCUUAUUCAGGAUAUUCGGAAUCUGGAUAACACCAUUACAUUAUUUCAUGAUAAGUAUAACGCUGACAAAACUAUUUUCAAUAAUGAAUUGCGGCAUAACUUACAACAGUUUUCUGAGAAAUUGAAAUCACUUGAGCAGAUUUGGUGUAAAGAUGUUACAGCUGAAUUGAAUGAUUUUACCAAUUUAAGUAUAUCCAAUACCAGUUCAGUGAAUGGUUUAGAAUGUAGUAAGUCUACUCUUCAACAAAUUAAGCAAGAAUAUCCAAGCUUUACUGAGAAGGAAUAUUUUAAUCUAACCAAUUUGCAUUAUUUCAAUGGGUCAGCAAUAAUAAAAAACUUCAAUUUUGGUUAUACAUGUUUGAUUUGCAGACAAGAAUCUCCAAAUGAGCAAAGUCUAUUUGAUCAUAUUAAAACACAAAGACAUCUGGCAAAUAUAUCAGAUCAUUUUAAAAUUGCAUCUUUGAAUGUCUUUUCUAAAUUCUGGACAAAUCAAAGAAGUGAUUAUAGAAAUAAAUACAUUACUUGGCCACAUUCUAUGACUGAAAUCUAUUGUUCGGCAUGCAGCCUGGUGUUGCCUUUCGAUACUUUACAUGGAAAUGGACAUUUUUUAUUUGACAGUCAUAGAUCAUCGAGAUUGUAUAAUGAUCUUUUAAAUGAUAUUGCAAAAUGGAAUAGGUUGAAAACUAAUGAGUUGACAUUGCAAGAUAAAGAUGUUUGUAAGUUUUCCAAUUAUAUAUCAGAUAACCAAGAUAUAUUGAAACUAGGCUAUUUAGAAAAAAAGCUUCUGGAAAAAAACUAUCCAAGAAGAAUUUUGAAUAAAUUAUCUUUAUUCCAUAAAAAACAUUUGAUCCAAGAAAUUAGAAAAGAGAAAAUAGAAAAAGGGAUAAAAUCCCAACAGGAUUGCAAUGACACUGCUACUAAUUCCAAAAUGGAAAUUAAUUUGGUUAAUAAUGAAUCCAGCAGAGAUACUAUUUUACAGAUAUAUAAUCAGCAUUAUUAUUGCCUGACGUGCAAUAAGUUUUUACAGUUUUGCAAUGUAUUGGAUCAUUCUUCAUCAAAACGACAUACAAAUACAUUCACCUCUCUAAAUUUGAAAAUCAAUGAUAUCUUUUGCUGUCUGUUUUGUAAGCGGAUUUUUUAUGAAGCUCCAGCAUUUAGGGCUCAUGCAGAUUCACAAUUUCAUAAAAAUUUAAACUUUAUUGAAAAAGAAUGCCCAAUAUGCAAAAUAAAACUGUUUGGAUCUUUGGCUGAUAUAAACAUGCAUGAACAUUUCAACAUUGUACCAGCAUGCAAUCAAGUUUGCAAAACAAAAGAAGAAAAUGUUGUUAAUUCUGAUUUAUCAAUUGAGAUAAACGCACUGGAAAUGGAAAUGAAUGCACUGCAUCCCAUGAAUAGUCUGGCUAUAUAUAAUACAAAUAUUUACUUUAAUUGCCUUCUGUGUAGAGUUCAUAUACCAAAAAGAGAGCAAGUUUGGACACAUUUAAAAGGAGUAAAACACAGAAACGAAAUAACAAAGAAAGACAAACUGAAUAUGUUAAAUUCUUUUAUCAAUUUAAUUAGUUUGUUCCUGAAAGAAGACAUUGACUAUAAUAUCUAUUCUAAUAGAGAUUUUAUAUUUCCUUGUACUGAUAAAACUGUUUAUUGCAAGGCUUGCCAUCAAGUAAUACCAGCACAAUUAAAUAAAAUGAAUUUACAUUUUGAAUCACCUGCUCAUAUUGACUUUUGCAACCUUCUUACUGUCAAUGCAUUAGGCCAAAAGAAAUGUAGUGCAAUUCCUACUGGUGGUCAUUUUUUAAAAAAUAUUAUAAAUAAAGCAUUCAAAGUAAUACCACAAGAAAUCAAAUCAAAUCCACUUUGGUUAUUUGAAACAAAAUGCAAAUUUUGGGAAAUUCCAACAUGUGCGAAGGUUAGUAGUACAAAAAUUGACAUAUUUGAUUGUGACCCUGAUUUAAAAUCGAAUACUGAGCAUAAAAGUACUCCGUUGACACAAUCAGCUAGCAAUUUUCAAACAAAACUUGAUUUGAAAACUUCUGAAAUUAAUUAUCCAAGCGGCGAAGAAACUAUUAUGGAACUGGGUGAUGUAAGUGAGAAAACAAAAAUUGAACCUGUCUGUGCGGAACAGACAACUUCUUUUGGUACUAAUAAUGAUAACAAUUUACUAGAUAAUAAUAUAGUUAAUGAAGAAAACAUUCACAUAAAAGAUAAUUCAAGUAAUCAAGAUUUAUCACAUACUCCGGAUAAUGUGGGUAACACAGAUAUCACCACAAGUAUUCAAAACAUGUGUUCAAAGAGUUCUUUAGAUAAAGAACCUAAUUUAUUUAAAGAAUGCAUUCUAAAUUCAUGGGAACUAGUAGAAAAAGAAAAUAAAUACAACAAAGUUUUUUUUAGAAUUACGCAUAGCAAUAAAUAUUUAUGUACUAUUUGUGAACAUGAUAUUGAUGUUUGCAAUGAUGCUACUUCUAUAAAAUCUCAUUUAACGAGCUCCAUUCAUAAAAAAUAAUUUAUCAUUAGUAGAUGUGUCACAUAGAUAUUAUUGUCAUCCAUGCAAUUUUAUAAUGCAAGAUGAAAUUUGGUAUGAAGUUCACAAAUUACAUUCAUGGCACAAUGAAAGGCUAAUUGAUUAUCAGAAAACUGCCAAUGUUGAUUUAGAGUUUGUGGAAUCUGAGUGUGAAGAUUGUGGAGUAAUAUCAUUUGGGUUUGAAGAAAUGCUACCAGAGCAUAUACAUAGUACAUUUAAAUUAAAAAAUCCAUGUGAUCAGGAAAAGGUAUCCUGUUCAGACUGCAACAGAAGUAUUCCUUUUUCGUCAAAUUAUGUUGUGAUUCACUUGGGAGAAGAUACUGAAGAUUUUGGUAUGCAGUUUUCGAAAGCAUUGCAAGAAUUAAAUCAAAAACGAUUUGUUGAAUUUGAGUAUAUAGGAAGUAAGGAAGUGAAUCAAUCUGGUAGUUUGGUCAUUAAAUUAGAGUGUUUAGAAGAAUAUGUAAAUGUUGAACUACCCUUGUUAGACAAGAUCCAUAUUGGUAUGGACAUAGUACAGUUAUGGAAA